AAGUUUGGAAGAGAAGAAGUUGAAAGUGGCUAGAGUUGUUAGAGCCAAGCUCUCUUCAAGUUUAGAGGCGGAUUUAUACCAACCGGCUCAUCUUUUAACACCUACAGAGUGUUUAUUGGUCAGAAAUGUGUUAUCAAUAACAAAAGCUGUGUCCGGCGGAUGCCUUAAAAUAUGUACCAGACUCGUUGGCAUUGUAUAAUGAAUGUUUCGAGCAACACUUUUUCUCCAUAUGAUUGCAGCGAUAUUGCUGUAUACUUAUGCCAUGCCACAGCAGCAAGGUGCGCAAUCAAAUCCGGAUUUAGACCAAACCAUAAAGACUAUUUUCUCCCAAAACCCGAGUGCCCCAAUGCAAAGUACUGGUUCGGGAUUCGGCAAAAUUGUUACACCCGAACCAAUUGACAACACACAACCGAACAUACAAUUUAACUCGACCUCUGGUAAAGCUCCAUGCAACUGUGUACCUUACCAUAUGUGUGAUCCAUCUACCGAUUCUCAAACACAACCAGUUGAAGAUGGCGAAUUUGAUGGUUUCGGCUUGAUCGACCUUCGCUUCAGUGAUGACGAUCCCGUGUGUGAACAUUUCCUUGAUGUAUGCUGUGGAGCACAAAAGCAGAGAGACAUUAGUCUGACGCCAAAAUCACCAGAACGUCCACAAGGUUGUGGAAUACGAGGGGCAAUUGACUUCAACAUAACUGGAGCCGUGGACAACGAGGCGGGUUUUGGUGAAUUUCCGUGGAUGGUGGCCUUAUUGCAUAGCAGCAAUUAUAGUUAUUUCUGUGGUGGCUCCCUAAUUCAUCCACAAGUGGUGCUGACUGCCGUUCACUGCGUCAUUGAUCGUAUCGAUUCAGGCUUCAUCGUACGUGCAGGCGAGUGGGACUCUCAAACCACAAAAGAGCGUCUGCCAUAUCAGGAGCGCAGUGUACAACGUGUUAUAACGCAUCCCAAUUUUAAUUCACGUAACGUCGCUAACAAUUUCGCAUUAGUUGUUCUUAGUCAACCGUUUGUCUUGGCCGACCACAUCAAUGUUGCUUGUUUGGCUCGCCAAAAUGCUGCACCACUUGCCGGCGCCCAAUGUUUCGCCACCGGAUGGGGCAAAGAUGUUUUCGGUGAGGCUGGACGUUUCAGUGCGAUCAUGAAACGUGUACCAUUACCCAUUGUUGACUUUGGUAGUUGUCAGGCACGCUUACGCGGUACACGUUUAGGUCAGAAAUUCGCCUUAGAUCGUUCAUUUCUUUGUGCCGGCGGAGUACGUGGUGUGGACACAUGCCAAGGUGAUGGCGGCUCACCCUUAGUGUGUCCCAUUGGCUUGCCAGCAGAGAAUCGUUAUGAACAAGAUGGUAUCGUGGCGUGGGGUAUUGGCUGUAAUGAUGAUAUACCAGCAGCAUAUGCGAGUGUAGCGACAGCGCGAGAUUGGAUUGACCAGCAAAUGCUGUCCUUGGGAUAUGGCACGACAUCGUAUACGGCGCCUUAAAUUUGUCUUUUUAAAUAGAAUUGCCAGCUUGAAAUGUGUUAAAUAAAAGUAAGAAAACCGAU